UCCUUCCAUAUGACCCAACCCAGCUCGGCCGCCAAGGUAGCCAUUAUCGGCUCAGGGUUAGCUGGUCUAACUGCUGCUCAUCUGUUGGCAAAUGCAUCGGUCGAUGUUCAUUUGUUCGAGAAAGCCUCCUCCCUGGGCAUGGACGCUGCGUCCAUCUCGGUGUCGACUGGCGUUGAGGAAAAGAAUAUACGAAUCGACGUACCGAUGCGAUCGUUUAUGUCAGGAUAUUAUGAUCGACUGACCAAAAUGUAUAAACACCUCAAUAUUUCCGUCAAGCGGGCCAACUUCAGCUUUGGCUGGUAUACCAUCCAUUCGCCGUACAAAAGUGGCAGCGGCUAUGAUCCCAUUCUCCUGAAGCCGCAAGAUGUGCCUGAAAAGUCCCAUACGUCCUCGUACCUGUUAUACUCGGGCAGUCGAUCCGUAGGCACCUUGUCUCGCUACACCAAGGCACGGCACUCCGUCUCCGGCUUUUUAAUAUGGCUGUAUCACUCUACCAUUGUUACACUUUCUUAUUUCCAACUUCUCAUCUUGGCGGCAUGGCAUCAUACCCGAGGCAAUCUCAGCAAUGACCGACACCGCAUGGCCAACAUGACCCUGGGGCAGUGGUUUCAAAGCAACUAUUUCCAUUCAUUUUUUGUCCUUCACGUGUUUGUCCCACUCUUUGCCGCUGUUUGCACCAAUUCUUGGGCAUCCAUGCUCAGCUAUCCCGCUGUUGACGUAUUAGAGUACAUCGCCAUGGGACUGUUUAAUGAGUCGUAUAUUGUGGCACAAGGCGUAGAGGCGGUGGUAAGGCAGCUCAUCGCACCUGUCAAGAAUAUUCAUUUGGGGACGGAAAUUGUCAGCAUGGAGCCGGUGUUUAUGGGCGAAGACGAUCCUUUGAUUCGCGUCAUCGAUGCCACUGGCCAGGCUUAUGUGUUUGAUCACAUCGUAUUUGCCACGCAGGGCAACCAAGCGCUCCAAUUGAUUCAACGGUACAGAGACACUGUGCUUGCACAUCAAGGGGACAGCAAAACCGUUCAACGCAUUGCCUGUCAACUUGAGGAUCAAAUGAGCACCCUCUCUCGAUUCCAGUACGAUACCUCUCUGGUCAUCAACCACAAGGACACCGGUUUGUUACCACGAGAUCGCUCGUCAUGGAGAGCCCUUAACUUGGCCACCUUGGACAAGUCCAUCAAACUAACUGAUACAACUAACAUCAUUUCAUACCCAUACGAUACCACCAUGACCACGCAUAUCUUGAACAUGACCCAUACCGACAUUGGUUCCGACACGGUUUACCUACAAACUACAAAUCCAAUUGCAUCUCCCAAACCUGAGUCCAUUCUCUCCAUGUCAUGGUUUCAAAGAGCCACCGUUACGCUUGACUCAAAGGAAGCACUGAAGGACUUGUUCUGCAGUUCUCCUUCCAACCCGCGUGAAAAGAUUUUGGGUGAUCGACAGGGCAAAGCUCGUCUGUGGUUCAUUGGGUCAUACGCAUGGUCUGGCAUUCCUUUGUUAGAAGGAUGCGUAGUGAGCGCUGAGAAGGUUGUCGUUGAAGGCAUUGGUCAACGCGAAGGAAUCAAGGUGACUAUUCCUUGGUAGAGCUCAGUGUAGUGUAGUUUUAUAAUCUUAUUGUCAUUUCCCUCUUGUCUCAUGUAUACACCUCCGCCCCCCACUCGGAUACUUCAUGCUCUGUUCGUGCUAUCACAGUGGCCUCACAAUUUCAUUCUAUAGAUUUUCUUAGCCAUAUCUUCAUUACCGAAACCACAUAAUUAGAAGAAAUAAAUGCAACUAUGUAUCAUAA